AUGUGUGUAACUCGAACACCGCGACCACAAGACUAUGGCAAUUAGAGGCCCCACCGGCGUCAACCACAACGGCACACAAACAACACACUGAUAAGCCAGACGUAAGCAAACAAAUCACGUUUUAGACUGAAAAUGUAUCUUUCAGUGCCGGCGAGAAAGUCAGUUCCCUGUAGACUGGCAUCCAAGCUGAACGCAUCCGCCCACUGUGGAACAUGGCCACCUAUGAGCAGGUCAAGAACGUGACCAAUCACCCGGAGACCUAUCUGAUCGAUGUCCGAGAGAAGGAAGAACUGCGGCAGACGGGCAGCAUUCCAGCCAGCCUCAACAUACCCUUGCCCGAGCUGGACAAAGCCUUGUGUCUGGAUAGUAAGGAGUUCAACACCAGCUACGGACGAGACAAGCCUGCCAAGGAUUCCAAGAUCAUAUUCUCCUGCCGCUCUGGAAAACGGGUGCUGGAGGCUGAGAAAAUUGCCAAGGCCCAGGGUUAUUCAAAUGUGGUGAUUUACCGGGGCUCCUGGCUGGAGUGGGCCGAAAAGGAGGGUAUCUAAAUCCAUUAGUUAGAUUUCAAAUGAAUGUACACAACGUAGAUACAUAAUAUAAUCAAAAUAAGAAAGUCGAAA